AUGGAUAUGGACUUGGAGAGGAUCAUUCAGUGCAUCAAACAAGGAGACCAGGACAGUGUCCAGAUACACCUGGACCACUACAACACUCAGUAUGCUGAAUGCUUCUUCUUCAAUAUUGAGGAGAGGGAAAGAAGAAAGAGGCUGGCUGCAGCCCUGGUGUGGUUUAUCCGUACCCAGCUCCAGCCGGGGGUUCUGAGAGUGACCCUGCAUACGCUACGUAUCCUGUCCCGUGACCGACAGGCUCUGGCGCCCCUGGUGACCGACACCGCCCUCCUCACCCUAGCCCACUUGGGUGGCAUAACCUCCCUGCCCAUCCCCGAAGGCCAGGAGGAAGACGAAGAGGAAGAAGAUAAAGAGGAAGAUGACCAGGUGGGGAGGAGGGAGGCCCUGAAAGCCCUUUGUAAUAUAAUCUACAACAGUCAGAGGGCGCAAGAGAGGGUCAGCGCUCUGAGACUGCUCUCUGGUCUAUCAGACAAGCUGAAGCAGGGGAUCAGUGCCAAAGCUCUUCCCAGUGGUCAGUUUUAUGAACUACGGCUGCUCUUCCUGCUGACGGCUCUGAGGCCAGAGCUCAGGGUGCAACUCCAGCAGGAGCGAGGGGUGUCCAUGCUGACUGCAGCUCUGGAGCAGUGUCUGUCUGCGCGGUGGGGGGAAGAGUACGAGGUGCUGAGCGACCACAGUGCGCCCCCUGUCUCUAAGGAGGUGUCACAGCGAGCUGUGGAGAUCCUCAAGACCCUGUUCAACAUCACAUACAGCUUCCACAGACAGGAGCCAGACGAGGAGGAUGCAGCUCUCUAUCGCCGCCUGGCUGCAGUGCUACGUCACUGCCUGCUGCUGACCUGUGACGGAGAAGAACUCACUGAGGAGUUACAGGGGCACACAGUGAAUGUGCUCUCUGCCCUACCCCUACAAUGUCUGGACGUGCUGCUGUCUGUGCGUCUGACGGAGGGUUCACAGGAGUGGGAGGGGGUCAACAUGGACACUGUCCACACCCUACUCACCUUCAUGGAGAGACGCCUGGACAGGGGUCAGAAGUUGAAGGAGAAGCUGACUCCAGUCCUGAAUCUGUUGACUGAGAGCUGCCGCGCGCACCGUGAGACACGCCACUACCUCAGACAACAGAUCCUCCCCCCUCUGAGGGACGUGGCCCUAAGGCCGGAGCAGGGGGCCACAGUGAGGGGACGUCUGGUGCGCUUGAUGACCCACAUGGACACGGACAUCAAGCACUGUGCUGCCGAGCUCCUCUUUGUGCUCUGCAAAGAGAACGUGAGUCGUUUUGUGAAGUACACAGGCUAUGGUAACGCAGCAGGUUUGCUGGCAGCGAGGGGCUUGCUGAGUGGAGGUCAGGUGACCCACGCCCAGUACUCUAGCGACUCAGACUCUGACACAGAGGAAUACAGGGAAGCUAAGAGGCGCAUCAACCCAGUGACGGGGAGGGUGGAGGAGGAGCAGCCAGACCCCAUGGAGGGAAUGACGGAGCAGGAGAAAGAGCAGGAGGCACUAAGACUCAUCAGCCUGUUCAAUAGGCUCUCACGGGACAAGAUCAUCCAACCAGUGGGAGUGAUGACAGGGGGGGGACUGGAGCCCCUGUGUGGUCAGAUGAGGGGGAGCACUGUGGAAGAGGUGGAAUCAGAGGGAGAGAGUGAGGAAGAGAGGGAAAAGUAG